AUGGCUGUCCUGCUCUACACAUACAGGUCUAACCUCGCCGGCCACCACAGCGUAACAUCCAUCUCAGCCGCCAAACGCAACGCCGCCCUGCACCGCCACGCCGACGGCGGCCAACUCGACAUGCGCCGCGAAUCCCUGCGCCGCCACGGCGUCCUCGACCAGGUCGAGGGCACCAAGGGUGUCGAGCUUUUCCGUAAUGCUCGCGCCCCUGCCGCCAAUUCCACUUCCACUUCCACUUCCACUGCCGUCGGCGCCGGCGCCGGCGCCGGCACAACCAACAGUUCUGCUCCCACCCCUGUGCCAGAAGCGGUGCAUGGGCCGGAUCUGAGUUCGCCGCCGCCGCCGCCGGCGGAGCAGAAGCAGACGAAGAACGCGCCGACAGGAGAAGAGGCGGUGAGGGGCUCCGGGGCAGGAGGCCAGCAGCCCGAGCGGGCGGCACGGACGGAGGUGGAGGGCGGGUUGGAGGGCUGGAAGGGCGAGGGGGGUAGGGGCCGGUUUCGGGGCCCGCCGCCGCCGUCGGCGUAG